UUCAUGUGACGUGGCCUUCGUUUAGCCGCACACAGAGAGAGAGAGAGAGAGAGAGUGGUGGCCUAUAAAAGAGCCCAUGUCGAAAUGUCCUUCUGGUUUACUAGCUUUAAGUUUUAACGAACUGAUGAUCAUCAAGCUAGCUCCCUGAUCCGCCAUUGUUAUUUUUGGCUUCUUAAUCCUAGGCGCUUCUCCAACAAAGAAAAUAUAUAUCGAGGCCGGUAACAAAGGAUUUGCAGCGAGGGAGAUCAGAUACAUAACGUAUUUUCAGAGAGGAGGCUUGAAUCAACACCAACAUUUAGGACGAAAAGCCGUUUGUCAAGUACUACUCAAGCUCCAAUGUCUGGGGAUGAAUUAGUGGAGCUGGUAUGGGAAAAUGGUCAGAUUCUUAUGCGAGAUCGUUCGGGUAGAACGUUCAAGGUUAGAGAAUGGCGGUCUCGUUACGCUUUAUAUCAUUCCAAUGCUCAGGCAGACGAUGGGGGAAACAUGCACAGAAAGAGAGCAAGGCUAGAAACCACGUAUUCGACUUUGAAAGACUCCACUUCCUUAGAUUGCAGGGAUUCUCAUGAUCUGAACUACUUUACCGAUUAUGAUUAUUCACAAACUGGUUAUCAUUCUGAAUCAUCUCCCGAUCUGUAUCAACAACUAAAUUUGGAAGCUAAUAGAAGUAAGACUAGCGAUGAUAAGAAUUCCGCCACAUAUCCCCAGAUUAAUGUUCGAGGACCAGACAAUGCAAAUUUCAAGCCUAGUAAUGCAUCUAUGUUUGUAGGCCGAUCGAUUCAUGAGCUUGCUACCUCAAGGAAUUGUCAUCUUGAACCAUCUUCCUUCCAUUGCCAAGAAUUGGACACACUCUUGGGCCCAAGAGAAAAGAACCCAAGCAAGACCCCAGAGUCAAUGGCCGGACUGCACACAUCAAACUCUCUGGAGCAUGAUUUAAACCCUAAUACGAAAACUGGGACGGUGAUGAACUUCUCCUACUUAAGACCUGAAGCUCUUCUUAAAGCUAGUACUCCAGUUUUUACACGAGUUGAUCAGGAGAUGAAAAGUAGCAACGAUGAGAGGCCUCCUCUAGGUAGUAGAAACCCUCGUGAGUCAACAAUGAUUGGGCAGGCUAGUGAUUCAAAAAGAUCAGCCACAGGUCCUGAUCAGAAUCAACCUGAAAAAGAGCUAAUUCCACCUGUUGCCGAGACACAAGAUCAGUCACUCCCUCAUGAUCAGCACUCUGAAGCUUUUUGCCGUAUAAGGAUUAACUUACAUAAUUCCCACGAACUUCCAGAUCAAACGGCCUCAAGCGCCUUAGCAGCAAAUACACCAAAAGAAAAGCCAGCCGUUAUAUCUUCUUCAGUAUGCUCACUUCAAGCUUCGAAUGAUCCAACGUAUUCUUUGAGGACAUAUGAGGAUCACACUGAUCAGGAGUCGGAAUAUCAUUUAUCCCCGCCUAUCUCCAUUGCUUUAAGAAGCUGUCCAACUUUACUGCAGAAGGUUGGAGAACCGGCCGAGUGUUUUAAAAAACAGGCGCCUGCCCGUAGCUGUGGCGGUGGUGGCAAGAGAUCAAGCCGAACUACCGAAGUUAAUAGUUUAUCUGAAAAGAGGCGAAGAGAAAAGGUUAAAGAAAAGAUGCGUGUAUUAAAGGAACUCAUACCCAAUUGCGAUAAGGUGGAUAAAGUUUCCAUGCUUGAUGAGGCCAUCGAGUAUCUGAAAACCCUACAGCUUCAACUACAGAUCAUGUCAAUGAAUGCAGUACCGCAUUUGACAUAUUUCUCUCCCAUGGGUGCCGGGAUGUACAUGGGAAUGGGUUGCAGCCCAUUAUAUUCCCCUACGUCACAAGUAGGAGCCAUUCUUCUUCCUGGGAUCACAGGAAACAGCAAUAUUCAAUUAAUGCAAUAUGGAUUUCAUGGUCAACCAUUUCCUAUGCCAGUUUCAGAUGCAUCCUUCCUUCCUUUGCUUGGAAGGCUGUCUGCCCAAUCAGUUCGAUCUGGCACGGCCUGGCCUCUCUCGAGCCUCCCCCCUUACAAGUAUUGAUCAGCAAGACAUGCUGUCUGUACACCGUUACGGCGUUACCCUAAUUAGCAAGCUCUGUUAGAAGACUCAGUCCAAGCUACAAGUCGUAUUGUAUCUACAAGUCACUGUAUAUAGUUGUCGUAAUUCAUUUU